CCUAGAAUGCAGCUUCUCUUUGUCAUAUUAAAACAGACACAAAGGGAAAACAUAGGGAAAAAUCACCGUUAAUGAAAGAGAAUAGUUGGUUGAUAAACACAACUUUGGCAUUAAGAAACGUCAAAAUAAAAAAUGGCAAUACCAAAAAAUAAAAAGGAAAAUUUUAGUCGCUCCCCUCUGAUAUGAAGUAAGCUUUUCGAUAAGACUUCACAACAAUUAUUUCGUCGGAAUUAAAAUAUGAAUUAAACUUUAUAUCUAUGUUUAUUGUGGAAAAAAUAUUAUUGUAAAAUGAAAAAGAAUACGAAUAUAAUUACUGUGUGGUGUAUUUACAAUCAAAAUGUAAUAAACAAACAACAAUUAAAAUAAUAAUAAUGCAAGGUCAAGAACCUGGAACAUCUAAUGAUAGAUCAUAUCGAUUGAAUAGCAAACAAAAACUGAGUCGCGAGGCCAGUCCGAUUUCAUUGGACUUACAAAGACCACUUAUCAUUCCAUCAUCUGAAAUGUGGAUUGAUGUAGGAGUUCAAAAAAGUUUCAGUACCAGUGAUAUCGCUUAUAAAACAGAAACGAUUAAGCAUAAAAAUAGAACAGGCAACUACUCACUUUCAGAGUUUGCUUUAAAUUCCAUUCAAAAUCAAAGUGCGCGAUUAUCCCGAAGCUAUUCCACUUGGGUGUCCGUUGGUGAUCAUUCACAACUUCCCUCGCCACAUGGGCAGCAAAUGUUAUCUUCACAACAACAACUUAGCGCAUUAACACAACCUUUCACUGCUACUGACCUAAUAAAAUCAAUGAAUAAGAAGUUUUUUUUCCCGACAAAAUAGGUCAAAAACAAUUUCAUUGUUUAAUUAAUAAAUUACUCUUGGUUAACUCAUUCGGUGCACAAAUGCGCGCUGGGGGUUUUCCGGUUUGACCCCCACCUGAGGCAAAUUUUUCAAAAUUUACCCCCAGGUAAAUUUUUAGGAGAUUUACCUGUUUGACCCCUCCUCUGAGAUUUUUUUUCUCAGAUUUGCAAUAUAAAUGUAUCACCCAGUACAAAUCCGUCGAACAAGUCGACGACAGCGAUUUGACAGGUGGACCACGCGAGAAACUUAUCAAUCCCUAUUAACAAAACUACACUUGACAGUUAUUGUAUUGAAUUUUGUACGGGAUUUAUUUAUUAUAUAAAUAUAAAAAAAAAACAAUGUGAAAUGUGAAUAAAAAAGAUAAAAAAUUAAUGUCGUGACGAAUUAUGUGAAAAAAUAAAUAUUAUAUUUCAAUUACUCAGCGGAAAGUAUGCUUGAAUACGCGUAUACCGCUGCACAGCGGUACCAAUAUAUACAAACACAUAAAGGUCGACCCGCUUUAAAAAACAUUUCUAUUUUUUACACCUAAUGACGGCUCAUUAUUUUUGUUUUUAUUUUAUUAAUGCGUGGUAUUAUUGCUCUGCUGUGCAGCAGCAGCAGGAACAUAUGGAGGUUAGGUGUCCUCCUGAGUCAAUUUUAUUGUAUUAUUUUUUUGUAGUUCGUUUAUUUAAUGCACUUUUGAAAAAUUAACAAAAAACAAAUGAGGAAAAUUGAUUUAUUGUUUUAUUUUAUUUAAAAUAUUUUCAUUUAUAAGUUUCAUCGUUGUGCCAAAUUUUCUGAUAUUUGUAUCAAAUGUGGAACAAAAGAGUAUCAUAUAGCGAACAGAAAUUUGAAACAACGAUGAAACUUAUAAAUGAAAAUAUUUUAAAUAAAAUAAAACAAUACAUCAAUUUUCCUAAU